AUGGGUUGGUUUUGGGCCGAUUCGGCUACUUCCGCUGCUUCUGCGUGUCCUGUGCGUCCUCCGGUGCUGCUGCUGUAUGCUGGAGGAUGUCCAGUUAUAAAAAAGUCCUCGGCCGUUUCCGAUGAAAAAUCCGAGUGUCCGGUCGAUCACGAGUCCAUCCUUAAUCCCAUGAACAAUAUGCCUAUGGAUAUCAGCUCCGAGCGGGCACCAGGCCAAAAAGUGGUGUUGCCUACAGAACGAACGGUGUCUUCGAUUCCAAGAGGAGAAAGUGCCGAUAUGGGAUUCUGGGAAUAUCCUUCUCCACAGCAAAUGUUGAAUGCGAUGCUUCGGAAAGGUAAAGGUUCGGGUAUACCCGAAGAGGCGGUUGAGCUGAUGGUGGGAGUGCACAACUUUCUCAACGAGGCGGCUUGGCAGCAAAUCUCUGAGUGGGAAGCUCCAUAUACGCAAUCCACAAAUGUCUCUCCAAGACUUUUGAAGUUUACUGGAAGACCUCACGACUUGAGUCCUCGUGCAAGAAUGUUUUUGGCACUAGGAAAGUUGUUCCCUGAAACCUUUAAUACGGAACCUCCAUUCGAUAGGCACGACUGGACGGUUUUGCGGUCGCUCGGCAAGGAAAAAGGAUGGCAGAAUGUUCGCUAUGUGAUCGACUAUUAUGGAGCUCCUGACGACGAGGAAACCGGCAUGCCGUCUUUCGUGUUGGACACAAGGCCUGCGCUUGAUUCUGUAGGAAGUGCUAUCGAUAGAGCCAGCCAUUGGGCCAAGCCUCUUUGGAAGAAAGCUAUGGGCGAGCCGUACUAG